AAGCGUGCUCCAGCUCACAUUUCUGCAGUCUGAUGUUUCGCGUAAUGCUACAGCAACAAUUGAGGCAGUGUCGGGCGUAACGCCGCAGCCGUCUGGCUUUCGUAGCUGUCAACACGCGUAUUUAGCGCUGCUCAGUCUCGCGGGAGCGUUUUGUGCGGCGCAAAUACGGGAGUAAAGCUUGUCGUUGGCGCCGAUGCUAGCUGCCGAGCUGCUAUUGUCACUUCGGAGCAUCGCUGAAGGGCCCGAUCGCUCUACGCGACAUGCGUGCAGUUUGUCUCCUGCGCAAUUUCUCGCCGCACUUUCGCAUUUCGAGCAAGACGAGGUGACCCUAUCUACCAUCAGUACACGUUGAAACACCGGUGCCGAUGCAAAUAAGGCGAGGCCUAGCUAAAUCUACCGGCGUGCUCGCUUGAAUUGUUAAAGCCGUGGUGAUAUGUUUGUGAUGAGCGAAUCUCACAACGCUGUGGCAGAGCCGAAGGCGCAAACGGCCGCAGUCGUUCAAAAUGGGUUCCUAACCAUCUUGAAGAAAUGGGAAAGUUUGGCGAGAGUGUUUCAUUGGGUGAUCUGGACGUCCGGAUUGGUUUACGUUCUCGGAUGCUUCGUGACGUGCAAAACAAAUUACACAUUGCCCGAAGUUGUUCCGGAUGAGUUUGUCGACGGUUCUUACGGUAUCUCUCGGGACAAGGACACCGCUGACGAGGAAUGGUAUCGCUACAGCACUGCCAUCCGCAGGUUUUGGCCGUGGAUUUUGGUGCAGCCACUCAUCAGCCACUGCCUUUUCGCCAAACUUCACAAAUGGCUUCCCAGCUUUUACGUGGUGUACAGCACUUUUUUCCUGCUCUGCAAUGUUGGGUGGGUGACAACUGCGUCCUUCUAUUCUCUGUAUGCUGCCUUCUACGUUUCUGCAAUGUACAGGAGUACAUCGCUGUGCUACCUUCUCGGUCUUGCCGUCAUCAUCCAUUCAGCGUUUCCUGUGCUGACAUUCCUGAAGCCUAUUUAUCUUUACCACGGCAGUGUGGAGACAUUCCUCACCCAAGUCGGACUUUCGUGGACGGCAGCCCGAUGCCUGAGCUUUGCCGUGGACUCGACUGCAAGACCUGUCGACAAGGGCAGUCCUGAUAUUGGCACAACACUGGCGUAUGUUUUCUACUUGCCAGCUCUGUUUACUGGACCUCUGCAGAAUUACUCGGACUUUCUCGCGCAGGUCACGAAAAAGAAGAUAGCCUGGUCAGUGCAAGAUAUAAUGUAUCCUGCUGCGCAGGUUGGGCUGUGUACGCUCUACUACUUUCUUCUAGAAUUCCUUCUGCACUAUUUUUACAGCUCAGCCCUGGCAUACUACCCCGACCUUGUGACCGAGAUGGAUGACCCCAGCCUCUUGGGGCUUGGGAUCUGCCUCACGGUGCUCUUCUUCCUCAAGUACCGAAUACUCUAUGGGCUAGGGUCGGCGGUGGCGGGCCUUGAGGGCAUGUUGCUCCCUCCACCACCAAAAUGCGUUAGCCGCAUUCACCUAUGCUCCUACCUCUGGAGGCACUUUGAUCGAGGACUUUACCUAUGGAUACAGAGGUACAUCUACCGGCCAAUCGUGGCAAACGGGUGGACACCUCGGCGUCGCAUGAUGGGGGCAGCGGCCAGCUUUGCCUUUGUCUGCUCGUGGCACGGCAUGGACAGCGCAGUCGUGGUGUGGUGCACCCUCAACUUUGUCGGAAUCUCUACCGAGCUCCUGAUGGAAGUCAUCAGGAACAGAAACAGCUGGAAGAAGAUUGAGGGUACCUUCUUUGGUGGAAUGCGGUUGCAGUUUCUGAGGGCUGCUGUCUCGGCACCACACUUCCUUUUCUCCAUGUUCUCGUGCAUGUUCUUUCUUAGCAACGUGGACAUCGGACUCGUCUUCUUUAGGAGAAUAAUAUGUGGCUACCCGAUUCCCCUGGUGCCAACACUGCUUGUCAUGUACUGUGGUUGUCAUGUCUCAAUUGACAUCAUGGACUGGGAGGUGAAGAAGAAGAAAAAGUCUUAGCAUUUGCUUGAAUAUCUAACGAUAACUUAACAACACACACUCGGCUUAGCCUCGUCAUCAUGUUCGUUUUUUUUUGUUUUUUUUCAGAUUUCAUUAGAACCAUGAAAUCAUAAAAAAAAAGGCUGCUACUUUUCUAAACAGCUCUGGAAGCCUGCCAGCACACAUACGUGGCACAUUGGUAUGUGAAGAGUGAUAUUAGCCCGAGUAUGUGAGUCUGAAAUUAACGAAUAGAUGCUAUGUUUUGCUGCAGUACAGCAAAGCCACCUUUUUGGUAACUGCUGCAGCUGUAACUAGAUUGCUGUACGAGGCAAGGGGAUGAUGAAAAAAGCUGCGAAGUUCGAUCAUGGCAGGAAGUCUAAAAUAAUGAAUAUCAUAGAGUUUCUGAAACGAAAAUUUCAAGAGUCGUACGCUGUUCCUGUGUGAUAUGUGCUGAUGCCUUGGAGGUGACUGAUUUAUUUGGCAAGUUCAGCAGAUCAGACUCCUAAGAAAUCGGUCAAUGACCUUAUUUAUUUUAUUAGAGGGAGGCAGAAAAUUAAGUUGAACAGGUCACACAGGCGAAUGUUUUGUAUUCACACUAAUUGAAGGAAUGAUAAUGAUAUAGACGUAUUGUACUCAAAGAAAUGACUUUUUAAGAGGCUGACCCGUCGCAGUUUCUUAGCAAAGUUUACCAAGCCAAACAAAAUUUAAAAUCAUUUUCUUUGUGUCAGAAAUGUCCUAUGUAUUAUUGGGCACAAUUAACUUCCGACAAGUCUUGCAUGUUUUUUUUUGCUCGUUUUGUCAUUUUAUGAGUCUUAAUAACAUGAACCGGUUAUAUUUUUUACUGGUGCGAGCAUUGGCGCUUCUGUUCACAAGUUGAUAUACCGUAAGCUACUUGGCUUUUUUGAAGCCACUCACAAUAAAAUGCAGUUUAUGAACCUUU